GUCGCAAACUCUGAAAAGCCGGCCAUUUCCAAGCAUACCCAAGCGCUAUUAAGUUUGAUCGGGACUCACCUUGUCGAGGAACAGAAAAGAUUCAUUUAUUGUUAUUCACAUAAAGACCGAAAAUGACUUCUCAACAGAAAUUUCCUGGGAAAGAGGGUGGCGAUAGCUCAAACGAGCAAGGGAAAAUGUUCAUCGGGGGUUUGAGCUGGGAAACCACCCGCGAUAAUUUAUUACGAUAUUUCAGCCAAUAUGGUGAAGUUGUUGACUGUGUGGUUAUGAAAAACCCAGAAACAGGAAGAUCGAGAGGAUUUGGGUUCAUCACAUUUGCUGAUCCAAAUAAUGUUGGUUUAGUACUACAAAACACACCUCACAUACUUGACAAUCGCACAAUUGAUCCUAAGCCUUGUAAUCCGCGUGCUGAAAUGGUACGCGCGCCACGUCGGAGUAUGGGUACGGGGAAUGGGUACAAAGUAUUUUUAGGUGGACUUCCAUCAAACUUGACCGAAACAGAUCUUCGCAAUUUCUUCUCGCAGUAUGGAAAAGUUUCUGAGGUCGUUAUCAUGUAUGACCAAGAGAAGAAAAAAUCAAGAGGCUUUGGCUUUUUGACCUUUGAAUCGGAGGAGUCGGUGGAUCGCUGCACUGGUGAACACUAUGUUUCAAUCAAUGGAAAGCAGGUUGAAAUCAAGAAAGCAGAGCCACGUGACACUCGAGGAUCAUCUGGUGGUAUGAGACGUGGAGGACACAACGGUGGAUGGGAGGGUCCCGGUAUGGGGAUGCAUGGAGGGAUGGGUCCUAUGGGUGGUCCUAUGGGAGGACCUAUGGGCCCUCCAAUGGGCGGCGGUUAUCAAGGAUGGGGUGGACCAGCUAACCAAGGCGGUUAUGGUUAUGGACCGCAAGGUGGAUAUCAAGGAUGGGGUCCACAGGGGCAAUGGGGAGGUUAUGGAGGAGGAGGACCAGGAGCCAGUUACGGCUAUGGCCCUCAAGGUGGACCGCAACAAGGUGGAUACAACAACUGGAAUUGGGGAGGACCAGGUCCACAAGGAGGUCCUGGUGGUCCUGGCCCCAACGGUGACAUGUACGGUAGAGGUCCAAACCCCACUAAUGGAGGUCCUCCUGGUGCCGCUGCACCCACCGGUCCUGGGGUCCCUGGGGUGAAAACAGAGCCUGCUCAGUACGGUGCUGGCUACGGGACCAACGGUUAUGGCACAGACGUAAACCAAGGAUACCGAGGAGGGUACGCUCAGGAUGCUAGUGCCCAAGGAUAUGGUGGUGGGCAAGGCUAUGGAAAUCCUGAAAGAGUUCCACCCCCUGGAGUUGCACCUACGGGUAAUGGGCUUGGCGUUCCUGGAGCAGGAGCAGGAGCUGCUGGUCCCGGAGGACCAGGUCCGCAACGAGGAGGAGGACAUCAUCAUCAGCCGUCGCAAUCUCAAUACCACCCUUAUCGCCGAGGGGGUGUCUGAGAAAUCAGUGUUCUCGUUUGAGUUUUAAGUUGCACAUUGCUUAGCCCAUGGCUGGACAAACAUUUAAAUGAUGGCCUAUCGUGCAUUCGGUGUGUUCUUGUCUGUAUCGUUUCGACGUUUCUCUUUGAAUCCCGCCCUAACAUUACGUUCUGAACCUGAGCUAUCAUGACUUUUCGAUGCGUUCGAAUAAAACAGUAGUUUAUUAGGUCUUAAA